CUGACCCCCGCCCCCCCAUCCCCGGGCGGCACCAUGAGGCCCCUGUGGCUGUGCUGGGCGCUCUGGGCGCUGCCCCUGACGGGCCCCGGGGCCGCCCUGACCGGCGAGCAGGUGCGGGCCAGCCUGCUGCGGCAGCUGGGCCUCCGCGAGGCGCCCGUCCUGGACCAGCGCGACGUGGAGGGGCUGGUCACCCCGGCCCACGUGAGGGCCCAGUACGUGGCCCUGUUGCGGCGCAGUCACGGCGCCCACUCCCGCGGGAAGAGGUUCAGCCAGAGGGUCCGAGAGGUGGCGGGCAGGUUGCUGGCGGCCGAGGCCUCCACGCACGUGCUGGUGUUCGGCAUGGAGGGGCGCCUGCCGCCCAACAGCGAGCUGGUGCAGGCCGUGCUGCGCCUCUUCCAGGAGCCGGUCCCCAAAGCGGCGCUGCGCAGGCUCGAGCGGCUGUCCCCGCACGGCGCCCGCGCCCGCGUCACCGUCGAGUGGCUGCGCAUCCACGAGGACAGCUCGAACCGCACCUACCUGGUGGACUCCAGGCUGGUGUCCCUCCAGGGGAGUGGCUGGAAGGCCUUCGACGUGACCGAGGCCGUGAACUUCUGGCGCCAGCUGGGCCGGUCUGGGCAGCCGCUGCUGCUGCAGGUGUCCGUGCAGAGGGCGCACCUGGGCCCGCGGGCCUCGGGCGCCCACACGCUGCUCCGCUUCGCGUCCCAGGGCCAGGAGGGCACGGGGCAGGGCGAGCCCCAGCUGGAGCUGCACACCCUGGACCUCGGGGCCUACGGAGCUCAGGGCGACUGCGACCCUGAGGCGACGGAGGGCGCCCGCUGCUGCCGCCAGGAGACCUACGUUGACCUGCGGGGCAUGCGGUGGGCCGAGAACUGGGUCCUGGAGCCCCCGGGCUUCCUGGCCUACGAGUGUGUGGGCGCGUGCCAGCAGCCCCCGGAGCCCCCGACCUUCAGGCGGCCGUUCCCGGGGCCAAGACAGUGCGUCGCCUCGGAGACGACCUCGCUGCCCCUGAUCGUGGGCGUCAAGGAGGGCGGCAGGCCCAGGCCCCAGGUGGUCAGCCUGCCCAACAUGAGGGUGGAGAAGUGCAGCUGCGCGUGGGACGGGGCGCCCGUGCCCAGGAGGCUGGGGCCUUAGGGCUGGCCGUGGCCACCGAGGUCUCCGAUGGACCCGUGCACCGCCCGGGGCCUUGGUGCAGAUCUUCCAAUUUAGCACCAUAGCCCUGGCCCCUGCGGUAACUUUCCUGCCUACGUGCCCCUCCCUCUGUCCUC